AUCAUAAAGAUCACCGAUAUAUAAAAUACUUUGAAUUUUUCAAAAUUACAUCUUUUUAGCAUGGCUCAUAAGAGUAUUGACAUUUUUUUUAGUUCCAUUGCCUAUUUAUGUACAUAAAUAGUUAGCUUUUAGUUUUUUAACUUAUUUUUUAUAUAUAUUAUACCUAUAUAACAAACAUCUUAUAUAUCAUUAUUAUGAAACUGUAACGCUUAUUACGCCUUCUUUAUCCAUAGAAGAUAUUCAAAACAAGAGAUAACCUACCCUGCUGGGGGUCGAGUCGAGACGAGGCGAUAAGAUAUAAAUUUCCAAAGCUUUCCGAAGCAAUAAAUAUUUCAAUCUUAUCUAUGAUAAUUCUCGUUUGUUACGUCCAUAAACAUUGACAAAACGGAACAAUAGGCCUCCAACGUUUCCCAUAAUUGGAAAUAUGUUAUCAGUUUAUAUAGAUUUAAAGAAGCACAAGUAUCACCAUAAAGUAUGGCAGUCUUGGUCCAGAAUUUAUGGCAAUAUUCUGGGAUUAAAAUUUGGGUUGAUCAGAAUUGUAGUUGUAUCAGGAAGAGAAUUAAUAAGAGAAGUAUCAACCAGAGAAGUCUUCGAUUCGAGGCCUGAUGGAUUUCUUUAUACAAUGAGAUCUUUUGGUAAGAAACUAGGCAUCGUAUUUUCCGACGGUCCCGUGUGGAACACAACAAGACGAGUUCUGCUGAAAUAUCUAAAACAUUUUGGCUAUGGCACACGAUCUAUGGAGGUCUUUAUAGCCGAGGAAUGUAGAGAUCUCGUCAUGUUGCGAAUAUCUGAUGCGGGGACGCCUGUUUUUGUUAAUCAAAUGUUUCACAUACCAAUCACCAACAUAUUGUGGCGUAUUGUAGCUGGUAAAAGGUACAGUUUAAAUGACAAACGUCUUGUAAGAUUGUGUGAGCUUGUUACAAGAUUGUUCAGACUUUCAAAUAUGAGUGGCGGCGUUCUCACUAUCUUACCUUUCCUCAGACAUAUUAUACCAGACCUCAUUGGAUUUACUGAAAUAAAAUCAGUUCACAACAAAUUACAUGAGUUUAUUUUGGAAACUAUUAAAGAGCACCGUGACAGUAUCGACAUUAACAACCCCAGGGACGUAAUUGAUGCCUUUCUUAUUGAAAUGAUAGAGCACAAGGCUACUGCAAUUACAGAGGAGGAACUUCAAAUUGUCUGCUUAGAUAUGUUAGAAGCUGGGAUGGAGACGGUAACCAACACAGCGAUUUUCAUGCUCCUUCACUUAGUGCGCAAUGAGAAAGUUCAAAAGCGGCUGCAAACUGAGAUUGACAACGUGGUGGGAUUAUCACGGACACCGUCUCUCGAUGAUCGACCAAACAUGGUGUACACGGAGGCAGUGUUACUAGAAACGUUACGCAUAUCCAGCGUGGCUGCUGUUGGUAUACCUCAUAUGGCUCGCGAAGAUGCCAGGCUUGGCGAUUAUUUGAUCCCAAAGGGUACUUAUAUUCUACUUGCUAUACACGAUCUCCACAACAGCAACGAUUGGGAGGACCCUGACAUAUUUCGACCAGAGCGGUUCCUUAAGGAGGGAUCCCUCAUACAGGAUGACAAGAUUUUGGCUUUCGGAUUAGGCAGAAGACGGUGCAUAGGUGAGGGCUUGGCCAAAUCUGAACUGUUCAUGUUUAUGACACAUCUUCUACAGAAGUUUACACUAAAAGUACCCGACGGGGAUCCCAUGCCUUCUACAGACCCUAUCGAUGGAAUAACACUAUCCGCCAAACCGUUCAGAGUGAUUUUCGAGCCUAGAUUUAAGUAAAUAAAUGGAUAUAGAAUAUUUUAACACUUAUAUUUUUUUAAUUUGCUUAUUUACGUAAUUGACUCUUUAUUAUAAUGUAUUGUAGUCACCCUGAAGAAUGUAUGUAAGAUACAUGUAGGUAAUGAAUAUUUCCGUUUUUGACAAUUAUUUCGACCUCAUCUGGGAUCUUCUUUGUAAGUUCAUAAUCACGGUAUUUUAAUACCGUGAUUAUAUGUAAAUGAAUGGAUAUUUUUAUGGUAUCUAAUUAGUAAACAAUCGAUGGGUUUGCUUUUGUAUAAAAUAGGUAAUAUUGUAAUAUAUUUUUUAAGAAGCAUACAAUUUAAGAAUUCGAUAUUGCGAUAAGAAUUACCGAAAUUUGUUUAGAAUUUUUGUCUACAAUUUUACUUCCGUGGUGAUUCCAGCAAAUACCAGGACACUUUUUUGUGUGUGUUACACAUAUAUAUGAUACACGCACAUAUAUGUGUGUCAAAAAAAUUACACACUAAAAUAUUUACUGUCCAAUUAAGAUCAGCCUCUUUCAUUCAUGAAGUCAAUAACACACAAAUACAGUACCACGUGGGAGUAAGAUUUAAAAAUUAAUAAAAAUGAAAAGAAAAACAAUUGUAACAAAAAAUACUAAUAAAAAAAUAAA